GAGAACUCACAAAGCAGUAAAGGGCUCUCCAUAAUGGAAUCUUCCGCUGGAAUAAUGCGACGGAUAAGAAGAGCACGUUUCCGGUGGACAGUUCUCCACCGGUUAGAGUAGACAUGACCGCGCCGACCGGGAAGACAAGUCCCGCCAGUAAAUUGACUAUCGCAGGAUUCUUUUCUAAUAAUCCGUUGCAGCCUCCUUUAACCAAAAGCGUGAUCAUGCCACCGACCGAGGUCAACGCUCCGCCGAUGAAGUUCCGCGAAAUCAUGAGAUCGAUGCGUUGAUAAGCCUUUGCGAUGCCGGUGUUGAGCAGCAUAUUUGCGGCCUCUUCAGGGCCAUAGUGAUUUGGUUGCAGAGACAUGUUGGAUGUGAAAUAAAUGCAGAUUCCGUUGAGGAAUAGAGGCUAGAUUAUUCUAUCUGCUGUAGUCGUGCACCCGAUUCCGUGAACUGGUUAGUUGAAGUACCGGAAACGACAGGCGAUGAUGUUGAAUAGGAUAGGCCGCGACAGAUUCAUUGAAGCCAAAUCUGCAGGAUCGACGACAGAAGAGAUCGCGGAGAGAGGUCUUGCGGGAUGGAGAAGGAGUAAUGUUGAAUUACGGUCAGCUAAUCGCGAUUCCUAUCUGUCUGGAACCAAGCCGCAGGGAUUCAAUUAUCCGGAGGAGAUAGCGGAUACUAGUAAGAGCAGAGGCAGCUCGCGAUCAGGGAUGUGCAGACGACCAGGAAUAAAAGAAGAAAGGAGCAGCUUCGACAGCAGCGAUGGCGAGAAGCAGGAUAUCAGGACUCUGGUGCUUCUGUCCAGAAAGAGCCCUUACGUGCGCUCGUUCGUGGCCAGGCACGAAAAGUUACUCGCGCCGGCCGCCGACCGAUCCAGCAUUGAUAACCCGGACGGCCACACGGAAAGCUUAAAACGCCGAAGAGCUGGCGGGCGUGGUGCGGGUUUGGGGUACGAGGGCCGUGGAGGUGUAAGCGGUGUUGUGGUGCAGAUAUCACUACAAAGUAGCAGUAGUGUCAGCAGCAACACCGUCCCCAACAUAGCUAUUCAUAGACCCACCCUAAACAACCACCACAUUGAAACGUUAAUCGCUCGCCACCACAGAAUAAAUAUUUGCCCAAUCUGGUAACCAAUUUCUACCCCUCGACCACAAGAGACCGCAGGGGUCAGACGCAGCAGCAUUAUUCUGUCGAAAAAUAUUCGAGCAGAUUUAAAUAGACCAAGAUCCGCCAAGAUGAUCUUGUAGAC